AUGCGUAUUCGCCUACAGCCUCGCAGGAGACCACAAGGUAAGCGACCCCCAGGUAAGCUGAAUGUUGCUUUGUUGUCUUUGCCCGCUCAUCAUCUUCAUUUCAGCAAUGAGCUAGCUCAACGGCUAGACAACCUUCCUGUUGCUGCCGCCGCCGACGACGCCGCCGCCACCGCAACUGCCGAGAACGCCUCCGUGGAGAACCGCUGGUGUCAACUGCGAGACACGGUCCAGUCGACGGCGCUCGCCGUCCUCGGUCGCGCUCCCCGCCAACACCAGGACUGGUUCGACGACAACGACGCUGCCAUCAGAAAUCUGCUUGCCGAGAAGAACCGCCUACACAAAGCCUACGUAGAUCACCCCACUGAAGACAACAAAGCUGCCUUCUACCGCAGUCGCCGACAGCUUCAGCAACGACUGCGCGAGAUGCAGGACGCCUGGACUGCUCGCAAAGCUGAGGAGAUCCAAGGCUACGCGGACCGCAACGAAUGGAAGAACUUCUUCUCCGCGAUCAAAGCUGUCUACGGUCCGCCGACGAAGGGCACUGCUCCUCUCCUCAGCGCCGACGGCAGCACUCUGCUGACUGAGAAGACGCAAAUCCUACAGCGAUGGGCCGAGCACUUCCGAAGCGUCCUCAACCGCCCUUCCGUCAUCUCCGACGCCGCCAUCGCCCGCUUGCCGCAAGUGGAGACCAACGCGGACCUCGACCUCCCGCCAUCUCUCCAGGAAACCAUCAGGGCCGUGCAGCAACUCUCCAGCGGGAAAGCACCCGGAUCGGACGCAAUCUCUGCUGAGGUCUACAAGCACGGAGGUCCCCUACUGAUGGAUCACCUGACUGCGCUCUUCCAGGAGAUGUGGCGUCAAGGAGAAGUCCCGCAAGAUUUCAAGGACGCAACUAUCGUGCACCUUUACAAGCGAAAAGGGAAUCGCCAAGUCUGCGACAACCACCGCGGCAUCUCCCUACUGAACAUCGCCGGGAAGAUCUUCGCUCGCAUCCUGCUCAAUCGCCUCAACAACCAUCUGGAACAGGGCCUUCUGCCGGAAAGCCAAUGCGGCUUCCGUCGUCAUCGUGGGACCACGGAUAUGAUCUUCGCCGCCCGCCAACUUCAGGAGAAGUGCCAGGAGAUGCGGACCCACCUGUACUCUACCUUCGUGGACCUGACGAAAGCCUUCGACACGGUGAAUCGUGAAGGAGUGUGGAAGAUCAUGCAUAAAUUCGGCUGUCCGGAGCGAUUCAAUCAGAUGGUGCGUCAGCUGCACAACGGUAUGAUGGCGCGAGUCACGGACAACGGAGCUGUCUCAGAGGCAUUCGCAGUGACCAACGGAGUGAAGCAGGGAUGCGUGCUGGCACCAACCCUCUUCAGUCUCAUGUUCUCUGUCAUGCUGAUGGACGCCUACCGCGACGAACACCCUGGAAUCCGCAUCGCCUACAGGACGGACGGUCACCUCCUGAAUCACCGGCGCAUGAACUUCCAAUCGCGUGUAUCCACAGCCACCGUGCACGAACUCCUCUUCGCCGACGACUGCGCCCUGAACGCCACCUCCGAAGCGGAGAUGCAACGCAGCAUGGACCUAUUCGCCGCCGCCUGCGAGAACUUUGGGCUGGUUAUCAACACGCAGAAGACGGUGGUGAUGCAUCAACCGCCACCCAACUCAGUCACAGCCCCCAACGCGCCGCAAAUCAGCGUGAACGGAACCCAAGUGCAAGUGGUGGAGAACUUCCCGAAUCUGGACAGUACCCUCUCCCGCAACACCAAGAUCGAUGACGAAGUCGCCAACAGGAUCUCGAAAGCCAGUCAAGCCUUCGGUCGCCUCCGAAGCACAGUCUGGUAUCGCCACGGUCUCCAACUGAGCACAAAGCUGAAGAUGUACAAGGCCGUCAUCCUGCCCACGCUACUGUAUGGGGCGGAGACUUGGACGGUGUACACGAGACAGGCACGCCGACUGAACCACUUCCACCUCAGUUGUCUCCGUCGCAUCCUGAGGCUGAACUGGCAGGAUCGAAUCCCCGACACGGAAGUACUGGAACGAACGGGAAUCCUCAGCAUCUACGCCAUACUGAAACAAAUGCAGCUGCGCUGGAGCGGCCACCUGGUGCGCAUGGACGACGAGCGACUACCCAAACGACUCUUCUACGGAGACGUCGCGACGGGUUCUCGUCGUCAAGGAGGCCAAAUUCGCCGUUACAAGGAUACCCUGAAGUCCUCCCUGAAGCGCCUGCACAUCAACCCCACCAACUGGGAAGAGCUCGCUCGCGAUCGUCCGACAUGGAGGAGAACAGUGAAGACGGGCGCUGCUAUCUAUGAAGCCAACCGAAUCGCCGCCGCCAAAGCGAAACGCGAAGCCCGCAAAUCACAACUUCGCCCAAUACGCAACGCCGCCGCACAACCUCUCCCUACGUGUCCUCGAUGUCAACGGACAUUCCGGGCACGAAUCGGACUUGUUGGACAUCUCCGAACCAACUGCACCUCUCGAACUGCUCCAGCCAUCGUCCCCCCGCCCGCCUCUUCCUCGUCCUCUCUUCCGCCAACUAACUCUGACACUCCUUCUGCACCACCACUUUCAUCCUCCUCCUUCUCCUCCACUGCCCCAGCGGUGGCCGUUCAGACUGCCGUCUCACACAUCACCAACCCCGACACAAUAACCGCCACCACCCCCACCUCUCCCGAUUCCAGUGAUGAGGACCAGGACUACACCUGCCCUCACUGCGACCGCACCUUCACCUCUCGCAUCGGCCUGGUCGGUCACUUGCGAAUCCAUCGCACAGAGACUGGCGAACCAGUGCCUGGAGCACCAACCUACACCCACCGCACUCGCCUCCACUGCCCACACUGCCCUCGCACCUUCACGCAUCGCAUGGGUCUACUCGGCCACAUGCGCAUUCACGAGAGCGGAAUUGACCGCCGCCUUGACACACCCACCCCGUCGAGCCCCACUCCCAAUCCAUCACAUUGCGCACCCACUAACCACUCCCCAGCCGACAUCGACGCCACCGACCUUACCACCCCUCACUCCUCCCCUUCUUCCUCCUCUUCCUCCUCCACUGCCACAACGACGGCCACUCUGGCGUCUGUAGCGCAUGACUUCACCGCAGCCGCACCUGACACAACAACAGGCACAACCCCUGCAACCUCCAUCAUCAGACGUGAGGGCCAGGGCUACAUCUGCCCUCACUGCGAUCGCACCUUCACCUCACGCAUGGCUCUUUUUUAA